CUUAAAAAUACUAUGUCAAACAUCGAAAAUGAAGUAAAUGAGAGAGACUGUUGUACUGCUAGCAAUUCAACGAACAUAAGCAAUGAUUCAUUUAUUCAAAAAGAUAAUACAAGAAAAAGACAACGAAGUGGUGAUGAUGAUACAUCAGGUGCUAUUAAUAGAAUUGCUGAAGCAAUUUGUCAGCCAAGCACAUUAACAUUGCCUCCUCCUCCAGAACAGGAUGAUGUAGAUUCAUUUCUACUAGCGAUAGGACAUCAUUUAAGACAACUGCCAACGCUGACAAGAAUAAAAGUCAUACAACAAUUCUUAGAAAUAGUUUAUAAUGAAUUAGCAAAACUUUAAACUGUGACUUAUUUUAAAAAUUAAUGUAAUACUAUUAUAUUAUAUAUACUAAUAUAC